UACGUCCUUAAAUCCUCUUUUCUCGCCUUUAUGGACCAAAAGCAAAACGAAAAAAGUCAUUAGGGAUGUAAAAAUGCAGUUUACGGUUACUGUAGUCCUCCGUUUAGGUCUUUAAAGUAAGCAAUGAUGAGCAUCGGUCCUCUCCGGUGGUGCACCACACUUGCACAUCCAGCGGUUCCACAGGACUCUCUGAGCCCGCCUGCGAGCGCAGCCUCCCCGGGUUUGCAAGGCUGCGGAACCCCCCUACAGGACAGGGAGGCAUCUGCAGCAGGGUAUCGGAGAAAAGUGACAACCUUGACUUCCCUUGUCUUUUUUGGCAUGUCUUUUACAAAAAAAAACGCAAGACUACAUGUACAUAAGCAUCGGGUCCACUUGGUGCACGGUCCGGUCCGUGCACUUUGCAGGCUGCAGAGUGGAGCGAGUACAGUUCACUCCAGCCUUAUCAUGACAUCCCCAAGCCCCGGUUCACUUCACCCCCCAGCUUCGAUUUUUUUGUGUCCACCCCACCAAGGCGAAGUCUUGAUUUUGUUCUGUUUGGACGGAUUCAGGCUUUGUAAGCCACCUUUUGAGAGGGGAGAGUUUGCACUGAAAGGCUCUAUAGUGGUGCGUCUCGGAGUGAUCUUGUUGUAUUUUGGCUCGUGAUGGUGCUGAAAGGACACACUUUACACACCACACACUCGCUUUAUUGUCAGAACGGGUGUGAGUGCACAUUCAGCUGCUUUUUGUGGAUCCUAAUCAAUUGAGUUCUCCUAUCUUAUAAGGCGUUUUUGUGUUGUAAAUUAUAUUUUGCAUGUUCUUCUUUGCAAUAGAUGAUUGGUUUGUUUUUGCGUGUGCACGUGAGGGGCAAUACAUAUAUAUAUUUUUAAAUUUUUCCUCAAGUGUGCACCUCUGUGUGGACCUCAUUUGCAUGGCGGGGACUGUUGAUCAACUCCCUAAUUACACUUCUUCUCCUCUCUCCUCUCUCCGCCUCCUCUUCCUCUGCUCCCUCCCUCCUCUCUCUCUCCCCUCUCUCUCUCGCCGUCUCUCGACCCAUUCCCAGAGUGCAUAUCGGGGAAAUGGACACACAAAGACAUGCGCACUCAACUUAAUCAGCCAUUUUUUUCAACCAAAAAAAAAAAAAAGCAGGGCUAAAACGAUAAUAAUUAGCAGAAUAAAGACAUAUCGGAUUUUCAUUUCCUUUGCAAGCUCCGCGUUUGGCGAGCCUCCGUCCACAGGAGAGACAAGCAGAAUCUCCCCCCCAGUCGACACGUCGUCUCCACCGCCACCGGAACCAAAAUAAGGGACUCUAGAACGCUUUUGUGCCACCUUCUCCUUUUUUUGUGGGAGGAUUAUUUCACUUUCACCUGUUUCUCUGUUUUUGCGUAAUUGUCUUCUUGAGCUGGAUGUGAUCGUUUUUGUGCAAGCGAAGAGAAAGGAGGUGCAGGCGGCUUUGGAAGAAAGUCCCUGCCAGGCCGGAUGAGAUGAGAUCCCUAUGUAGAGGUCGUCAUGGCAACUUGUGACUCUCCCCAUAUGGUCUCGUCACGGCAGCAGGAACAUGGUGGCCACAGGCUGGAUGCUGCUGAGGACAACUCCGUUGUGGCCAUGGAGACCGGUGUCACCCACAGCAACAAUGCUAAUAACAACCAAACGUCACCUGUAGCCAGAGAGAUGGAGAAUGGCCUUGGAGAGCCCACCGUCAGCCCACUGAGGUCCACAGCUACCCCCACCUUUGUCAGUGCAACCAUCGACUCUGUUACAGAGCAGAGUCGGAGAGAAAGCUUUACAACCGGUAACAAAGGGAGUGUUACUGGGACUUUACCAGGAGUAGGAGGAGGAGCAGCUUUGGGUUCAGACUGUUCUGCCCCUGCCACAUCUCCCGUGGCGCCGGCAAAGGAGAUCCCCUGCAACGAAUGUUCUGGCUCCUUCUCCAGUUUACAAAAAUACAUGGAGCACCACUGCCCCAACGCCCGACUGCCUACCACGGGAGGUCAUGAAGAUGUCGACGAGCUCGAAGGGAUGGUAGGGGAGGAGAGUGAAGACGAAGAAGGGGAGCGUGCGGCCGAUGGAGGGGAACUAAACAGCGAGAUGGACGAAGAGAGCGAUGUGGAGAACUUGUGUGGUGAGAUCAUCUACCAGCCGGAUGGCUCUGCCUUCAUCCUGGAGGACUCCAAAGAGCAGCGUGGCAACCAGGGAGGGCUCCCUGAGGCUCUCCAUUUCAGGGGCCUGCUAUCCUCCCAGACCUUCCCCAACACCCAGGCCGCCACUGGCCAAAGCGGCCUGAGCCAAGGGGGGGAGCGGUCGGAGCAGCCUGCUGCACCCAUGUCCUUCUAUCCCCAGAUCAUAAACUCCUUCCACAUCGCCUCAUCCUUGGGGACUAAAUCGUCGGCGGCCGACCCCCCCUCCAUAUCAAAUACCUCAACUGGAGGGCGGGCGGGCGCCGGUCCCGUGUUGCACAGUUUUCGUGUUUAUGACCUCCGCCACAAGAAUGACAAAGACUAUCUGACGGGGGAUGGUGCAGCCAAAAACUCCUGUGUGUCCAAAGAUGUCCCCAACAAUGUGGACUUGUCCAAGUUUGAGGGCUGUGUGGCCGACGGGCGGCGAAAGCCAGUGCUCAUGUGUUUCCUGUGCAAGCUCUCAUUUGGCUAUAGCCGCUCCUUCGUGACACAUGCUGUCCAUGACCACCGUAUGACCCUGAAUGAGCAGGAACAGAAGCUGCUGAGCAACAAGCACGUGUCUGCCAUCAUACAGGGCAUCGGCAAGGACAAAGAACCUCUUAUAAGCUUUCUGGAACCAAAAAAAACACCUGUAUCUGUGCUAUCCCACUUUCCCUCACCUGCCAAUUUCCUAGGGCCAGACACCGGGCUCCGCGGCUUGUGGAACGCUUUCCACAGUAGUGGGGAGAAUGCCGAUUCCCUUCAGGCGGGCUUUGCUUUCCUGAAGGGCAGUGCCAGCAGCUCCUCCAAUGACCAAAAUCCCCGAACCCAAACCAUGCCAAAGGCUGAGACCAACCCAAACCUCGGGGGAGGGGCUAGUGCCCAUAGAACCUCCAGUGGGAGUUCUGCUGCUGCUGCCACUGGUGGCAAACUGGAUGGCCGGAACUCUAAUAGUGACAGUAGGGGCCACAUUAGGGACACAUGCACUUUGCAACCCAAUGGGCCGGACCUGAGCCACUACCCGCCCAUCAAGCGGGAGCCCGGUACAGUGGGAGAACAAAGUCCAGAGCAGGAUGAGGAUAGUUACUCCAAUGGUGGUGGAGUAGACAAUGAGGUAGAGGAGGACGAGGAGCAGGCGAUGAGUGUAGUUAUGAAAGGCCAGCGGGCCAAUAGCACCAGUAGCAAAGAUUUCCCUCUCUUAAACCAAAGUAUUUCCCCCCUUUCCAACAGUGUGCUAAUGUUUAACAGUGACAGCAAAGGUUCUGCAUCCACCUCCUCUUCCUCCCUGCCUGUGUGUGAGAAGCUGGAGAUGGAUAAGUCUUGUUUGUCUGCUGCCCUGGCAGAUGCCAGAGAGCGGGAGAGCAGUAAUGACCUGACCACUGAAGCCCUGGCAGGGCGGGAUGGGUCGUCACCAUCCUCCCAUCCCCUUGACUUGAUGAUGAUUCGUAGGGAUGAUGAGAGUCCUGGACCUCCUCAUCAACACACAGGAAAUCCGAGUACGCCCGGUACCCCUGGUACACCUGGUACCCCCGGUCCGGGUGAAGGUUCCCCAGGAAGCGGUGUGGAGUGCCCGAAGUGUGACACAGUCUUGGGAUCCUCGCGUUCUCUCGGAGGGCACAUGACGAUGAUGCAUUCGCGGAACUCCUGCAAGACGCUCAAGUGUCCCAAGUGUAACUGGCACUACAAGUACCAGCAGACACUGGACGCUCACAUGAAGGAGAAACAUCCAGAGUCCGGCGGAUCAUGUGUUUAUUGCCGAACAGGACAGCCUCACCCUCGUUUAGCCAGAGGGGAAAGCUAUACGUGUGGAUACAAGCCUUUCCGCUGUGAGGUAUGCAACUACUCAACCACCACCAAAGGCAACCUUAGCAUCCAUAUGCAGUCGGACAAGCACCUGAACAACGUCCAAACACUCCAGAACGGCGGAACUGAGGCACAGUACAACCACAACCAUGCCAACCCAGUAGCCAGUGCGGGCCUCGGUGGCGGCUGCGGUGCACCCUCGCCAUCCAAGCCCAAGCAGAAGCCGACUUGGCGCUGUGAGGUUUGCGACUAUGAGACCAAUGUGGCUCGAAACCUGCGAAUCCAUAUGACCAGUGAGAAACACAUGCACAACAUGAUGCUGCUGCAGCAGAACAUGAAGCAGAUCCAGCACAGCCUCCAUUUGGGGUUAGCACCGGCCGAGGCGGAGCUCUACCAGUACUACCUGGCUCAAAACAUUGGCCUGGCAGGCGUCAAACUGGAGAACCCAGCUGGCGGCGGCGGCGGCCCUGAUGCCCAGAUGAUGAUCAACCCUUUCCAGCUGGAUGCUGCAACGGCAAGCGCUCUUGGAUCUGGACUUGUGAACAGCGACCUGUCAGCGGAGUUGCGUCUCGCCAGUGGUCAGCUGAUGGCCGACGACCUCUCGAUGGUGUCCUCAGGUGGAAUGGGGGGCAUGUCCUCGUCGGACCCGUCCCUCUCCUCCCUGUCGCCGCCUAUUAGCGACCCGUCGCUGCGCCUCUACCAGUGCGCCGUGUGCAACUGCUACUCCACGGACAGCCUGGAGGCUCUUAAUGCCCACGUCAACACGGAGCGCUCGCUGCCCGAGGAGGAGUGGCGCUGCGUGGUCGGCGACGUCUACCAGUGCAAGCUGUGCAGCUACAACACGCAGCUCAAGGCCAACUUCCAGCUGCACUGCAAGACGGACAAGCACAUGCAGAAGCACCAGCUGGUGGCCCACAUCAAGGAGGGAGGCAAGGCCAACCAGUGGAGAUUAAAGUGCGUGGCCAUUGGCAACCCCGUGCAUCUCAAGUGCAACGCUUGUGACUACUACAGCAACAGCGUGGAUAAACUGAGGCUACACACCACCAACCAGAGGCAUGAGGCUGCCAUACGACUUUACAAGCACUUGCACAAGCUGGACAGCGCCUACAGCCCGGAGUCGUGCGUCUAUUACUGCACAUUGUGCGACUACUCCACCAAGGCCCGCCUCAACCUGGUGCAGCACGCCCGCUCGGCCCGGCACCAGCAGAACGAAGGCCUGAGGAAACUGCAGCUGCACCAGCAAGGCCUGAGAGGGGACGAGGACGGACUCGGCCUCCACGAGCUGUUCCACGUCAAGGAAUGUCCCUCCAGCCAAGAAGAGACUGCGGAGGACAGCGAGAGACCUCCUGGCUCUUCCUCCAGGCCCUCGCCCCACCUUACUGACCGAGACUUGACUGACAACCGAAGAGCCGACCGACUGAAUGCCACAUCCAAAGAAGCGACUGGACAGACCGUGGCGGUGAAACAUUCCCUCCAGCCCGAUCGACAAAUUGAUAGCCCUCCCAAAAGGCCCAAAUCUUCCGAAGGGAAGAACGCUGCCGUAGAGCAGGUCCAGCAGUGUCCCUACUGCAACUACAGCAGUAAAGAUGCCAACCGCAUGCAACUCCACGUCAUGUCCCAGCAUUCCAUGCAGCCGGUCAUCCGCUGCCCGCUGUGUCAGGACGUCCUCAGCAACAAGAUUCACCUGCAGCUGCAUCUCACCCACCUUCACAGUGUGGCACCUGACUGCGUGGAAAAGCUCAUUAUGACGGUUGUUGGACCUGAUACGACAGGACCAAAUAGCAUUAUCCAUCCCCAAACUGGACAAGACAAAGCACUGCCUUCAGCGGAUUCCUCAGCCUCUGCUGAUGGCUCUGGAAAAUCGCAAGGAAACUCCUCAAAAGAUGAGCUGAACAGCCAAGACAAGAAUGAGUCAGACCUCCAAGAUGAGGAAAUGAAGCCCCCAAAGGAGGCCGCGGAGGCCCCGGAUUGGAAGAGAGCAAGCGGGUUAGGGCAUGACAGCAAGUCCCCUGACACCCUUCAGGAUCAUCUCAGUGAACUCCAGAGGCUCCAACAGCAACAGCAGCAGCUCUCAGUGUCUGACCGCCAUGUAUACAAGUACCGCUGCAACCACUGCAGCCUGGCCUUCAAGACGAUGCAGAAGCUCCAGAUACAUUCCCAGUACCACGCCAUCAGAGCGGCCACCAUGUGCAGCCUUUGCCAGCGCAGCUUCAGGACUUUCCUGGCCCUCAGGAAGCAUUUGGAGAAUGGACAUCCUGAACUGACGGAGGCGGAAGUGCAGCAACUGAUUGGGAAUCUCCCUCUGAAUGGAGACAUCACUGAAAGUGAAGCCAGAGCUUUGGAGGAAGCUCAGGUGUUUGAGCAUGACUUGGACAAGGAUGAUGAUAUGGACCAGGAAGAGAAGCCCAGUCCUACGGGAAGUGACAGCAGCUCUCUGAUCGAUGACAUGGGAGCAGAACCAAAACGGACUCUGCCAUUUAGGAAAGGGCCCAACUUCACUAUGGAGAAAUUUUUGGAUCCUUCAAGGCCUUACAAGUGCACAGUAUGUAAGGAGUCUUUUACUCAGAAGAACAUUUUACUAGUGCACUACAAUUCUGUGUCCCAUCUGCAUAAGUUGAAGAAGGUCCUUCAAGAGGCAUCAAGCCCAGUUCCCCAAGAAACAGGAAACAACGUUGACAACAAACCAUUCAAAUGCAAUAUUUGCAAUGUUGCAUAUAGCCAAAGCUCAACACUUGAGAUUCACAUGAGGUCAGUACUCCACCAGACCAAAGCCCGAACAGCCAAAUCUGAAAUGAGCAGCAAUAGCAGUGGCACUAGUGGUCCGGUACCAGCAAAAAGUCCUGCUCCAAGCACACAAGGAAACAACAGCAACAGUGACUCUACCCGAAGUGGAACACCAUCCGCUAACAAAGAAAAUGCUGCAGAACCCAAAGAGGCUAAUAGCAACAACAACACAAAACAAACUAGUGAGCAUGCUUCCGCACAGUCCAGCAGCCACCAGUCGGCCCAGUCCUCAGCGCAACUGCAAAUGCAGCUUCAACAUGAACUCCAGCAGCAGGCUGCCUUCUUUCAGCCUCAGUUCCUUAACCCGGCUUUCUUCCCUCAUUUCCCAAUGACCCCAGAAGCAUUGCUGCAAUUUCAACAGCCACAAUUCCUAUUCCCUUUCUACAUCCCAGGAGCAGAGUUCAACCUAAGCCCGGAGCUUGCCCUGCAUUCAGCAGCAGCUUUUGGAAUGCCGGGUCUGACGGGAUCCUUCUUAGAAGAUUUGAAGCAGCAGAUGCAACAGCAGCACCAACUGCAACAGGCUCAGCAGCAACAGCAGCAGCAGCAAGUCUCGCAGACACAGUCACAGAAGAACCAGCAACUGCUGAGCCAAAAACCCAAAAUGGAGCCCAGCAGCGUGUCCGUCUCAGAGAUUCAAAUGUCAAAAGAGGCAGAGGAGCAUCUUGAAAAGCAAGAAAGCAGAGCAAAGCUGGAAAACGGAUGUGAGACUUUAAGUGAUGCCGCAAAAGACAACAAAGACGCUAAAAAGUCAAAGUUCCCAGAACCACUGGUUCCGCCUCCUCGCAUUGUGUCAGGAGCGAGGGGCAAUGCAGCCAAAGCCCUGCUGGAGAAUUUUGGAUUUGAACUAGUCAUCCAGUACAAUGAAAACAGACAGAAGAACCAAAAGAAAAACAAAGAUGGAGUUGAACAAAUGGAAAUGAACACUGAUAAGCUUGAGUGUGGAAUGUGUGGGAAGCUCUUCUCCAAUAUGCUUAUUCUCAAAAGCCACCAAGAGCAUGUGCACAGUCAGUUUUUCCCAUAUGUAGAGCUUGAGAAGUUUGCCCAACAGUACAGAGAGGCCUAUGACAAACUCUACCCCAUCAACCCUGCUUCACCCGAGACCCCGCCGCCGCCGCCGCCGCCACCUCCGCCACCUCCCCCUCCUCCUGCUCCAGCCCCGGUGACAACGCCUCAGCCAACUCCGGCGUCAAUGGCCAAGCCCCAAACGCCAACACCUUCACCAUCCCCUGCCCCCCAUCAGCCCUCACACCAGCCUUCUCACCAGGCGCCACCACUGCAGCCACCACAUCCUUCCCCGACACCCACCGCUCCUCCCGCACCUCCCCAAGUGCAGCUUCCUGUUCCUUUGGAUCUGCCUCUUUUCCCACCUCUCAUGAUGCAGUCAGUCCAGCACCCAGGCUUGCCCCCUCAGUUGGCCCUCCAGCUGCCUACCAUGGACUCUCUCUCCACAGACCUCACCCAACUCUGCCAGCAACAACUGGGGCUCGAUCCAAAUUUCCUCCGCCAGUCCCAGUUUAAGCGGCCACGUACCCGUAUAACUGAUGACCAGCUUAAAAUCCUUCGGGCCAACUUUGACAUCAACAAUUCCCCCAACGAAGAGCAAAUUCAAGAGAUGUCAGAGAAGUCUGGUUUGCCUCAAAAGGUCAUAAAGCACUGGUUCCGUAACACCCUUUUUAAAGAGAGGCAGCGUAGUAAAGACUCACCCUACAAUUUUAACAUUCCUCCCAUCACUACUUUGGAAGACAUCCGAAUGGAGCCUCAGCUCGGUCCACAUGAAUACUACAGAAGCGACUCAACCAUCAAUAAGAGGUCCUCCAGAACCAGAUUUACUGAUUACCAAUUGAGAGUUCUUCAGGAUUUCUUUGACACCAAUGCUUAUCCAAAAGAUGAUGAAAUCGAGCAGCUCUCCACUGUCCUCAACCUACCAACACGAGUCAUUGUGGUGUGGUUCCAAAACGCACGGCAGAAAGCCCGUAAGAGCUACGAAAACCAGGCGGAUGCCAAAGACAGUGAGAAAAAAGAGCUGACCAAUGAGCGAUACAUCAGAACCAACAACAUGCAGUACCAGUGUAAAAAGUGCAGUAUAGUUUUCCCGCGCAUCUUUGACCUUAUCACUCACCAGAAGAAGCAGUGCUACAAGGAUGAAGAUGAGGAAGGUAAUGAGGACCACCCGUCUGAAGAAUACUUAGAUUCUGUUGAUCUAGGUCCAGUUAAAGUGACCCAUCAGUCAUUAGACCCACACAGACAUUCCCAAGGAACUGCGAGCAGCUCUGGCUCAAGUUCUCCAGUGAUGGCCUCUCCUCGAGCCAGUGUAGGAAAAACCUCCCCAAAGCCAGACUUUGAAACUCGGCUUGAAAGUGAACCUAAACAAACUGAGACUGCACCCUCACCUGUGGUCAAAUCUCUACCAGAACCCAGACCAUCGAAGGCAUGCACACCUCAGCCACCCCUUCAAAAAGUUCCCCAACCCCCAAUAGCAAGACCCCAUUCCCAACCCCAGGCAGCUGCUGUGCCCUCUAGUCCCCUGUCCCUGGCACUUUCCUCUCUCACAAACAGCCUUCCCCACCAAAUGCUUCAGUACCAAUGUGACCAGUGCAAGAUUGCAUUCCCCACAGUGGAGCUAUGGCAAGAGCAUCAACACAUGCAUUUCUUGGCAGCCCAGAACCAAUUUCUGCACUCACAGUUCCUUGAAAGACCCAUUGAUAUGCCAUAUAUGAUAUUUGACCCCAACAACCCGCUAAUGGCUAGCCAGAUAUUAUCUGGAGGCCUCUCACAAAUCUCUUCACAAGGUAGUUCGGGUUUGACCUCAGCUGCAGGGUCGGGGGCAAUGAAGAGAAAAUUGGAUGAUAAGGAUGAAAGUGUCAAUGAUAAAGACGUUGGAAACAACAGCGAAGAACAUCACAGAGAUAAGCGCCUGAGAACCACGAUCACACCCGAACAACUUGAGAUCCUUUAUGACAAAUACCUGAUCGAUUCUAACCCGACGAGGAAAAUGCUGGAUCACAUCGCAAGAGAGGUGGGCUUAAAAAAGAGAGUUGUGCAAGUUUGGUUCCAAAACACUCGCGCCAGAGAGAGAAAAGGGCAGUUUAGAGCUAUAGGGCCCUCCCAGUCCCACAAAAAAUGCCCUUUUUGCAGGGCACUGUUCAAGGCUAAGUCGGCUCUUGACAGUCACAUUCGAUCUAGACACUGGCAUGAAGCAAAGCAGGCAGGCUUUAGUUUGCCACCAAGCCCGAUGAUGAAUCAAGACAACGAAAGAGGGGAAAGCCCCAAGUACAAUUUCUUUGACUUCUCCCAGCUGCCUACCAAGACUGAGCCAAGCGACUAUGAAUUGCCCACUGCAUCUUCUACCCCAGUAAAGCCAUCCGAGGCACAAUUAAAAAACUUCUUAAGCCCUUCAUCAUUAAAAGCUGAAAACUGUGAUGAAACUGACGGGCCAAAUGUUAAUUCAGCAGAGGCGUCCUCUUAUGAUCUUAGCAAGAUGGACUUUGAUGAGACGUCGUCAAUUAACACAGCCAUUAGCGAUGCUACAACUGGAGAUGAAGGCAAUAACAACGAAGUGGAAAGCUUCACAGCUAAUGGAGGGGACAAGCUGACUGAUAAGGGUGGAAUGUUGCCAAAUUCCGAUAGUGGUAAUGACAGAUUCCAAUUCAGCAUGGUGAGCCCGGCUCUCAGCUUCUCCGGAAAAGACUGUGACUCUUACUUUAGCUCCCGAGAUGACGACAUGGAUGAAAUCAACGACAGGAGUGAAUCGUCAAGCCUUGCCGAUCCCAGUUCUCCGAGUCCAUUCGGGGCAGGGAAUCCCUUCAACAAGUCUGGUAAAGGUGCCAGUGGCGGGGAUAGGCCGGGCCAUAAACGAUUCAGAACCCAGAUGAGUAACCUUCAACUUAAAGUCCUCAAAGCCUGUUUCAGUGACUACCGCACUCCUACAAUGCAAGAGUGUGAGAUGCUGGGCAACGAGAUCGGACUUCCCAAGCGUGUUGUCCAGGUGUGGUUCCAGAAUGCCCGAGCUAAGGAGAAGAAAUUCAAGAUAAACAUUGGAAAGCCAUUCAUGAUAAGUCAAGGCUCACCAGAUGGGCCGAGGCCUGAGUGUACUUUGUGUGGUAUAAAGUACACUCCCAGGAUGUCCAUCCGGGACCACAUCUUCUCCAAACAGCACAUCACCAAAGUGCAAGAAACCCUGGGCAACCAGGUGGAUAGAGAAAAGGACUACCUAGCACCAACCACUGUCCGACAGCUGAUGGCCCAGCAAGAGCUUGAUCGCAUGAAGAAAGCCAGUGAGGGACUGAGUCUGCCUGGCCAGCAGCAACAGACUGCAGUGGACAACAAUAAUGCACUUCAUGGCCUUAGCCUGCCCUCAGGCUACCCGGGUAUCUCUGGCCUUCCGCCAGUGCUACUUCCCGGAGUCAAUGGGCCAUCGUCACUUCCCGUUUUCCCACCCAACACACCCGCUUUAGCAUCUCCUGGUGCUGGCAUGCUUGGGUUCCCUACACCAGCCACCCCAUCUCCUGCCAUGUCUCUCAGCACUACCCCAACCAAGACUAUUCUGCAGACUCCUCCUCCUCCACCUCCUCCUCCUCCUCCUCCUGUUCCCUCCACACCUUUGGCAGCAGUAAAUAACACAGAGCAGCAAGGGAAAGACUCAGAGAGUAAAAAAACAGGAGACAAGCCAACUCAGACGAAGAUGAAGGGCAGCGACAAUGAGAGCGUCUCACGACCCGAGACCCCCAGCAUGGCCAAGAAGAGGGACAAACCGGCUGCAGGGAAACCGGGAAGCGAGCCUUCGCUGGACACGGCCAAGCUGCAGGCGCUUCAGAACGCUCUGGCUGCAGGGGAUCCCAACUCUCUCUUCGGGGGACAGUUCCUGCCGUACUUCCUUCCCGGAUUCCCCAACUGCUUCUCACCGCAGCUUCCCAGAGGGGUCCAACCGGGCGGCUAUUUCCCGCCGCUUUGCGGCAUGGAGAACCUGUUCCCGUACGGCCCGGCAGCCGUGCCGCAGGCCGCGAUGGCCGCCGGUCUGUCGCCGACGGCGCUCCUGCAGCAGUAUCAGCAGUACCAGCAGUCCCUCCAAGAUUCCCUGCAGAAGCAGCAGCAACAGCAGCAGCAGAAACAACUGGAGCAACAACAGAAGCAACUGAAGCAGCAGCAGCAGCAGCAAACAACCUCUGCAAAGCCCCCCCAGAGCGCAAAGAGCACCACCACCAACUCCUUCAAACCAAAAGAAGCUAACGAUACUAAGGAUGACAGCAACACAGGCUCUUCAACAGAAAGCACAAAAGAAGAACCGAAAACAGAUACCAAAAGUAGCAAGGAUUUCCCCGAUGCUUUUAUCGUACCGUCCAUCAAGCACGAGUUUAUAUGCAGGAAGUGCCAGAUGAUUUUUGCUGACGAAGACUCGGUGGUGCGUCACCAGAAGUCCCUGUGUUACUUUGGACAGGCUUUCGGCGAGCCGCAAGAGACGGUGCUUCGGAAGGCGGUGAGCAACUACACGUGCGUCGCCUGCAACGUGGUCGUCAAUGGGAACGAAGCACUCGGCCAACACCUUCAGUCGAGCUUGCACAAAGAGAAAACAAUCAAACAAGCAAUGAGAAAUGCCAAAGAGCAUACUAGAUUAUUACCUCACUCUGUCUGCUCCCCUACUCCUAACACCACAUCUACCUCGCAGUCUGCAGCUUCUUCUAAUAACACCUUUCCUCAUCUGUCUCGCUUGUCCAUGAAGUCCUGGCCCAACGUCCUGUUCCAGGCCACCGCCGCCACAGCCCAGAAAGCUGCUUCCUCCUCCUCCCCGUCUGCGUCCCCUCCUCCCCCGCUGUCCUCGCCGUCAACGGUUACCUCAACUUCCUGCAGCACCUCAGGGGUUCCAACUUCGCUACCCGCCGAGAGUUGUUCGGAUGAGUCUGACAAUGAGCUAAGCCAGAAGCUGGACGACUUAGAUAACGCGUUGGACGUCAAGGCGAAGGCGGCCUCUGGCCUCGACGCCGGCUUCAGUAGUAUCAGAAUGGAUAUGUUCAGUGUGUAGGAGUGACUAAAGGAUCCCUUGCUUAAAGACAAAAUAAGACUUUUUAAAACUGCAGUUCCAAAGUUUCUCUUAACCCAAAAAAAAAAAAAAAAAUCCAGUACCAAAUGAUUGACUCAGGAUUGUUUUUCCCAUAUUGAUAUGCUGGCAAGAUUGAUUUUUUUUUUGUUAUGGACAGAACUGUUGCAGAUGCUUGACUGAGCUUAUAUUGUAUACAAAAAAAAAAAACAUGGAGUAGGAAAACAAUUCCCACAGGCUCCCUCGUCGGAGGGGGGGCUUGUUUCAAGCCAAAAACUCUCAUGAUAGCAAAUUGCACCUCAGCUGGAUUGUUUUCCAAAAUGCUAGCAUGUACUGUAUGGGAUGACGAUCCAGAAACCCUCAAAGAGAAUCUCUCUUAGUUUUUAGAUAAUUCAGUAGCUUUAAAUUCUCAGGUCAGAACAUAACAUUUCUCAUUUGUUUGAAAAGCAGCAAGCCCCGGGUUCCACGUGGCUUAUAACCAAAACAUGUCGAGCUUUAUCGGACGCAUUUCCUUGGUGUGUAUAGAGUACCAAGAGACAAUAUAACUGUUACAAUGGACGAUGUGCAUAUCCUUUUAGUUGACAGUAUGAGGGGAAUUUAGAAUGGUGUAUGAUGAUGAUGAUGACGACCCCGACCCCCUCCCGUCCCCCCAAAACCCCACCCUCCCACGUGUUUGCCGGUUUGUAUUACAACAUGCUACCCCCACCCUGCCCCAACCCCCUUUUUUUUUGUUUUUUUUGGUUCUUGUCGUGUAUACUAAUAAUCUGUGCCAACCUUCUCACUCGUACCUCUGCUCACACCCCCUUUUCUCAAGAGGUAAUAACUCUAGUUUUAUAGACUCUACCAUCAUGUGAAUAGAACUUUUUUCCUUUGGUGAAUUUGCUGUACUGUUACGGUACCUGCUCGUGUCUGGACUCUAGUGCACUUAUUUUUAUCAUUUAAGUAGGCCAUCUUGUUAAUUUAAUAGAGAUUUUCUGUUUGUGCGUGCGUGUGCGUGCGUGCGUGCGUUUUUUUAAUUAUUAUUUGUGUCAGCAGCAUAUCGGUCCAUACGUGUUACAGGAUUGAUGCCUAACAAUCUAUUUAACAAUUGGUGCAUCCAUGAAAGCAGUACUGUAUACUUGAAACUGUUAAGGUACAAGUUAAGGAAAAGAGAGAAAAUGGUCAUUUUGUUUGCUGCUUUUAUUUUUCGGAAAGGAAAAAAAAACGAAAAAAAACAAAAACACACACACACACACACACACAGCGUUUGUGUUGUAUUUUCAACAAUUUCAUGUACUUGUAGGACUGAAAACAGUGUUACACCCGUGCCAGUCGGCACCUGGGGUGGACGCCCUCCCGUCAAUCCUCUGGGGCACUUGUGAUGAUGUGCAGUUAAGGAAUUUCAACAUUGCAAAGUAUUACCUUACAAAAGUUUUGCUGCUACUGUGUCAUUUGUAUUUUGCCUGCCAUCAUUUCUCCGAAACAGAAUACUGAUCCAUCAUUUUUAUUAGGUUUUGCAAUUUUUUUUUUUUUUAAUGCUGUGGAACUAAGAAUGUGAAAGGGUUUUGUUGAUCGUUUCUUUUUUUUUUUUUUUUUUUUUUUAAAGAAUCACUUUCUAGUUUGAAACCGAUGUGAUUCAUUCCAAAGUAACAGAAGGCUAUUUGUAUGAAAGCAAAAAGGCUCGUGAACAAAGAAAGCAAAGCUGUUGUACAUAUUCGUAGUUGGCUGUGCAUGGUACAAAUUUAUUAAUAUGAAGAAAUGCAAAAAUGUAUUGCUUUUUUGGUAUUUCCUAUUCUGAGAUGAGCAAGUAGCAUGUAAUGCAACUGUUUGACAGGUUAAAUCAAAUCAUGCUUCGUUAUUGUUUCAAACAAUGACACCGAGUAACAUUUCCUCUUAUGUUUUAUUAUUGUAAUGGUGGUUUUUUUGUUUGUUUCUUUUCCCAAAGCCAAUUUUCCUGCGUGAGCUUUUUUUUUUUUUUUUUUUUUUAAAACUGUUACUUUAAAUCCUGAAGACACUUUUCGAUUGUUUUUCCUAAGAGACAUUCUGGCCUCCCAAGGUGCAAUUCUGCCAUUGUACAAACACAAAGCGACUGUCCUGAUUCCAAAGGCUUUCCCCCCACCCAUCCCCCCCAGAUCCCCCCCCACUCGGCUUUUUGCCUCCCCUUUCCCACCCCCCACCCCCCCACCCACCCCCCCGACUCUGUGGCUCAGCAUUUUAAGACUGAACUUGGCGUGCUAAGAUGCUAAGUGUCACAGACAGGACGCUCUCCGUCACCCACACCAAGGACUGGUAAAAAGCUAACAAACCAACAAAAAACGGAUGGUCCAACAGCAACUGUACAUAGUUCUUGCAACUGCACAGCAGCCAAAAACGGAGGAGAAAAACAAACAAAAAAAAGAACUUUAACAAAAAAAAAAAAAACAACAACAAAAAAAAACACACACAAAAAAAAAGUGGAUGGAUUGUGUCAUGUUGAUGAGGACUGCCUUCAAAAGGUUGAAACUUGGAAAUUGUUCUUCUGGAUGUCAAAGGGAUUUUCAUGGCGCAAUCAUAUCCUACUCAAUAUGUACUCUUCAACAUCUGGGUUACAUAGGAAAUGCACCCUGAGGUUUUAUUAAGAAGAAGCCCCUACGGCUAAAACUUUAAAUAAACUAAACCAAAAAUGUUAUUGAUGUUUUAUAUAUAGAGAGUAGUCGCAUUAGUUUUUGUUACUGUACUGUUUGAGGUCUCAACUGUACCGUAUCACGGUAAUAACAUGGUUUUGGAACCUUUUUGCUUUUGUUUUUGUUUGUUUCUUUUGGUUGUUUUGUUUUGUUUUGUUUUUUAAUUUGUCACAGACCUGUUGUCAUAGUUGAAAUGACGUUUAUUGUAGAUGGUAUUUGAACAACUUCUGGAAAUAGUUCAUCAAGUAUGUUUGUUGCUCAUUGUUGUGAUACAUUAAAAACUGUAUCUGCAAACCAG